UUGCUAUCUUUGACCGGGCUUUAAAAACACGCAGCAGGAAAUUUAGGCAGAUAUAUCUGUUAGAAAACCUAUUUUAUGUAGAGGUGAACACUGAAUACUGGGCGUAGUAGUACGGGUAGACGGUGUCUUCUAUGUCUAAUUAAUACGGCGGUGAGUAUCAUAGGCAACAAUAAUUGCUAGAUUAACUAUUGCGUCACAGAAUAUUGUGCUACCAUAUAAACCCCCUUUUAAUAUUGUAACCGAACGUCAUUGAAUCUACGCAUAAUGAGUGUAGUAGUCUUUGUGUUAGCCGCAAUUUUACUGGGCCUGGUAUAUAUAUUCUACCAGUACAACCACGAUCAUACCGUACAAGAUUGUGAUCGACAUAGUGUGCUUAUUGCAGCAAUCAACGAUGCCGAUGCCAAGCUACGAUUGUCAACCGUUGACUUGGCAGAAGCAUUGCGCAUUCGCACAGUCACAUCUGUAGAGAUGGUGAAUCUGUAUAUAAAACAGGUAGAGACUUGCAAUCCGUAUAUCAAUGCUGUGUGCAGUAAACGUUACGAAGGCGCCAGGGCCGAGGCCCGGCUUGCUGACGAGCGUCUAGACACCGCAGUCAAAGAUCCAUCCUUACGCGACACUUUACCUGCGUUUCUAGGUGUGCCUUAUAUAGUAAAGGAAUUACACGAGUACCCAGGUAUGUCAUACACGUGUGGCAUACCAGGCCGUGAAGGUAUGGUCGGCCAGAAGAUGCAUCCCGUGCUGAAACGCAUGGAGACCGCAGGCGGCAUUGCAUUGGUAUCGGGUAAUGUCAGUGAAGGCGCCAUGUGGGCCGAGAGCUUUAAUCCUAUAUACGGGUACACGCACAACCCGUAUGAUCUGACUAGAACGGUUGGGGGUAGUAGUGGGGGUAAUUCGGCGUUAGUUACGGCGCUGUGUGGCAGCUUUUCGAUCACUGCUGACGUGGGAGGGAGCACGCGUAUUCCUGCCAUGUACAACGGAGUCUUUGGACACAAACCUAGUGGUGGCGCCAUUCCAAAUGCGCGUAGCUGGCCGCCAUGCCACGGCAAAGUAGAGCGCUACUGUCAACUGGGCCCCACCACAAGAUAUGCCAAAGAUCUCAUGCCCUUACUCAGGAUUAUGAGUCAUCCUCUGGACAUCAGUACCGAACUACCCGACGCAGACGCCGAGGAGAGGGCGUACCAGGAGGAACAGGUGGUGUGGCACCGCAAAUUUGAUUGGCCGGAUGUUAGAACGGUCGACACCAAGAAGUUAAGGUACUUUGUGUGCUACGAACAGCCGGGCGUGGUCGUGGGGAUGCGCACUCAACGCAGUCAGUGUGUGAUCAACGCACAAAACAAAAUCGUGCGAACGCUAGAGAGGGAGUGUGGGGUGACGGUGCAGCCGAUUACGUUUAACGGGUUCAAAAAGUGCUUCGAUAUCUGGGCGGCCAUGCUGGGUACGGCUAAUGCCAAGACACCGUUCAAGGGUAUCAUAUCACAGGGCAAGGACACUAUCAGCCCGUUCUGGGAGCUGUUGAAGUGGGUAGUCACCUGGGGACGCGCCUCUGACCACACACUGCCGGCGAUUGGACUGGCGUGUGCAGAGGUGUUUAAUGACUUGGACCCUAAGCGGAAAGAGGAAAUGAUCAAAUUGGGUGAAGAACUGCGGGAUGAAAUCAACGCUGUUUUGGGUGACGAUGGCGUAAUGGUGUUCCAAAGCUUACCUACACCAGCCGCACGGCAUGGGGCUCUGCCGAAUCUGCUGUACUUUGCCGACUAUGCGACUUG